UCAAUACCAGAACUUCCAUCAGUUCACAUCUACCCUCGGAUACAGGAACAGUUCACAUCUACCCUCAGAUACAGGAACAGUUCACAUCUACCCUCGGAUACAGGAACAGUUCACAUCUACCCUCGGAUACAGGAACAGUUUACAUCUACCCUCGGAUAAAGGAACAGUUUACAUCUACCCUCGGAUACAGGAACAGUUUACAUCUACCCUCGGAUACAGGAACAGUUCACAUCUACCCUCGGAUAAAGGAACAGUUUACAUCUACCCUCGGAUACUGGAACAGUUUACAUCUACCCUCGGAUAAAGGAACAGUUCACAUUUACCCUCUGAUACAGGAACAGUUCACAUCUACCCUCUGAUAAAGGAACAGUUCACAUCUACCCUCGGAUAUAGGAACAGUUCACAUCUACUCUCAGAUACAGGAACAGUUUACAUCUACCCUCGGAUAUAGGAACAGUUCACAUCGGAUACAGGAACACUCGUGGAAUCAUAAAACCAUCGUUCCAUAUUAAAAAAAUCAUCGUUCCAGAUUUAACUAAGUUCCAAAUUGGAACCGAAAACCAUAGAUUUAUAAUUUGUUCCAUGCAGUGACGAUCUGAUCAAACAAUUCGUGAGAAACUUCUAUUGUUCUCUAUCAAAUUUGAUAGAUUUAACGAACAGAAUCAGUCAUAAUAACACCAAGAUUGAUAUUAUGAACGAAAUGUAUUUCUCUAGUCUUGAUAAAUACCUCCUGCUUUAUAUUUGAUAAAUCAGAUUAUAAACAUUUUCAACACAUAAAACGUGAACUAUUACAGAUCUGUCACGAUCUAUAAGGAAUUUUCAAAAUAUACGGAAAAUGUAAAGUUCUAGCUCCAAAUCCAACCUCAACUUGUUUCCUGUUUAAAGCCAAGCCCGGAGUAAGUUGAAACCUCAGAACGUGUUCAAAGUCUGCUCUUCAUUUAAUUAGAAUACUGUAGAUUUAAGACGGGAAAGGAUGAAUUACUCCCUGGUCUAUUUACUCCUGAACCUGAUCUUCCUCCAGACUAAGUCUCAGACCAUCAACCUUUCUCUCCAGGAGAGCAGAUCCUACAUUGGUAUACCUUCAGUACAUCCAGCACACCUGGAGUACUUAACAAGACCCAAUCUUCAUAUGCUUCAUUCCGCCGGCUGCCAUACCACAGAAUUACAACUUUCUUGUGAUUCCGGACUACUAGUGAUAGAAGGAGCUAUAUUCCGAUCUACUGGAACACAAACUCUUCUAAACUGCUCCGGAAUAGAACAGCACAGUAGGCAAGAUGGAUCCAGGUUUCACCUACUCCAGGGGGACCUGGAUAUUCACAGAGAACUAAACCGACGUUGCUCCGGGUUCUCAGCAGCUACGGAUUGUAGAUUUAACCUGCUGCUAGAUAGUUUAGCCUCUAAGGCCUGGGGUCCGGGUAUUGUUGAGGUCUGGCAUAGAUGUGUUCCUAACAAGUUGAUCCAGAAGAAAUGUGGAACUGAGGUGAGUGGGAGAGGAUUCCUGAUGUCUAACUCCUAUCCUAAAUACUAUAUGGGUGGUCAGGUUUGCUCCUGGAAAGUUGAGUCAAGCAGAAACCAACUAGUUCUCAUCAAGGUACUGGAUCUACACCUGGAGGAGACAGGUUCAGGUUGCGGGGACGUAUUGACUCUAGGUGGUAGGGUUUCACUGUGUGGUGAACUAGAGGCUAAGAUUAUCUAUGCUUCAGAGUCACCAGUUUACAUCACGCUAAAUACAUCAAGCAACACUCAGUACAUCUUUCCACGACGUGGAUUCCUCUUGGAGUACAUCACCUUAUCCUGUACUCCCCCUAGACUAUUCCCAACCUACUCCCUGAUAUACUCCAACCAGACCCACGCUACCUACCAGUGCACCCUUGGCUGGGUGUUCAAGGACUCCUCCAUGUCUACUGCUACAGUACUAUGCUCCCAGGGGGAGAUACAGGUUCCACAGGACUGUAUUCCAGUAGGAGGGGCCCCAGACGGAGCAAGCACUCCGGCAGUAGGACUCAGUAUCCAACCCGGAGACAGUUUUGAUGCCGGCCUCUGGUUUCACGAGGUUCUUCUCCCACUAGUCCUCCUCACCUUCCUCCUCAUCCUCAGCCUUGCAGGUCUUAUUCUCCUCACCCUCGCCAGGAGGCACAGGAUAGAGAUGGACAGGGUCACGGAGCAGCAGCAGAAUACAUUUACAGUCACUACUCUAGAUACAUACACUCACUUCCAAUGAUUUUGCUAUUAUAUCCAAGAAAGCGGCUGAACCAAUUGAGUCCCAUUUUUGUGCCCGGCCUUAUGACCCUUGGAUAGGUCAGAAUUAAGAAAAGUUUUCUAAAUAUUUAGAUGUAAAACGUUAUUUAAAAAUUGAAAGCCUAUUUAAAUAACAAUUUAAAUUUUACGAUAGUUUUGUGGAAACGUUUUUAAUGCAAUUAUAGUUUUUAUUUAUCUAUUUGUUAAAACUAGAUGGAUGAAUAAUUUCUUAAAAAGGACUGUAAACGUAAUUUUAAGAGACCCUUUAAUUAAAGACUCGCAUGUCCGAUUCACACGUCAAAAUUUCGUCGUGUUUCAAUGUUAAAUUGAGCUGAAUUUGGUAAAUUUUCUAAUCUAAUCUAAUCUAAUCUAUUCUGCUGAAAAAAAUCCACGAUUCACUUUGAUAGGGUAACCAAUGAAAAUUAUCAUUUUUCAGAUAGAAAAGCAACAUUAUCUUCGUCAUUUUGUUUAGACCAAGGUUUAACUGGAACUGUUUUAUCUCUUUAAAUGACGGGUUUUCUGAAAUGCGUCAACAUCUCUUCUUGUUUUUAUUUCUUAUCUUUUUUCACUGAAUCGUGUAAAAUCUUGAAUUCAUUUCUAUCCAACUUUGUUUUUUUCCAUUUCCCCGACACACAGCUCAAAGUUUCCUUCUAUUUCCCUGAAACCAGUUUUUACAACGAUUUAUCAGUGAUUGAGGAGCACAGAUAUUAAAUCAAUUCAAAUUCUUCCUUGGUAGAUAAAUCAGCCUUCGUCAUGAAGAACAUUGCACAUUCGAAAUAGUUUCCAUUAUUCUUUAUAUUUUUUAUCAAUGAAACCGGGGCCUUUUUUGUGCAAGUAAAUAUUUGAAAAAAGAACAUAUUCUUUAUUGUUAUUGUUUUUUUUUCAAGCGACUUAACCUACUCCACAAUCCACAGUGAUUCAAAAGUUUUAGGCUCUCAUAAAUCUACGAGAAUUUUGAUUGCCAGCUACUCUUUGUUUCCAUGUUUGUGUGUAUCCAUGCUGGUUAAAAGCUUUAUAUAAAUCAAAAUGUUCUUCAUUGUAUUGAUAUAUGCAACGACGACUGUACUGAAUCUAAAAAAUAUUGUUGGUUAUAAAUUGUAUAGAUUUAAGACAUUUUAAAGUAGGAUAGAUCCAUGUGAGGACUCGUAAAUACGUUUAAAAAUGCCUGAAUAUGUUUGAAAACAUUAUUAUAUGUUAAUCGAAGAUGUAUGAUUUCAAACAUGAAAUAUGUUUUGGUUUUUAUACCUAAUGUGGCAAAAUGCCUGUUACAGAAAUUUCUAACGAUGAAAAUAUAAAAUUCUGUUGAUAGAUUACACUUAAUUUACAGGUUAAUUUAUUAAAAAG